CAGCUGGAUUUUAAGCCUGAGAGAGUACUUAACUGUUGCAAUUUUAAGUGUUCAUAUCAUAAAAAUGUGUUAUUGAUUUUUUCAUAAGAAUAUCAUCAAUUAUUUAGCAUCUACAGUAAAUAGGGAUUUCUUUUCUAAAGAAUUUUUAUAAUAAAGUAUUUUUGAAUAAGUUUGGUCUCGGUAGCAUAACAUACACGUGGUUAAAAACCUAACCUUUAAAAAACAUUUUUAAAGAACAUGGGUCGGAUUAAAAAGGGUCGAUGCGUUAAACGCAAUAAACAAAUUAACUCGGAGGAACCAGAAGACUUAGUACGAGCACCACAUUCUUUUAUAAUUCAUCGAGGUCUACCAGGAGGACAUAUCGUUGAAUUAACAAAGGAUUUUAGAAGAGUUAUGGAACCGUUUACAGCUACAUCUUUAAAAGCACGAAAACGUAAUACUAUAAAGGAUUUUGUAUCGGUGGCUGGUGUGCUUCAUGUUACUCACAUGAGUAUCUUCACUAGAACGGAGCUUGGGAUGUAUUUAAAAUUGUGCAGAAUACCAAGGGGUCCGACACUCACAUUUAAAAUCUCAAGUUUCUGUCUAGCAAGAGAUGUUAUUUCCACACUGAAGAAACAGUUGGUUUUCGAAGAAGCUUUUAAGCAUUCCCCACUGAUCGUGUUAAAUAAUUUCAGCGGAGAAGGCAUGCAACUAAAAGUCAUGGCCUCCAUGUUUCAAAAUAUGUUUCCCACUAUUAAUUUAACAACAGUUAAUCUUAGCACGAUACGACGUUGUGUUUGCUUAAAUUACAAUACGACGACAAAAUUAAUUGACUUUAGGCACUAUGCAAUCAAAGUAAUACCUGUUGGAUUAUCACGUGGAGUAAAAAAAUUGGUACAAGCAAAAGUUCCAAAUCUCUCGAAAUGUGAUGAUUUCUCAGAAUUCCUAACAAAAGGUACGGUGUCUGAAAGUGAAGGUGAGGAUGAUCCUGCAAGUCAUGUAACAUUACCACAAAAGUUAUCGUCCAGAGGUAAUCACGCAAGUGGAAAAAGCGCAAUCAAGCUCUUUGAAUUAGGCCCAAGAUUAACAAUGCAGCUUAUGAAAGUAGAGGAUGGAUUGUUGGAUGGCGAAGUACUCUUCCAUGAGCACAUUCACAAAUCAGAAGAAGAGAAACUUCAAAUCAAGAAACGCCGAGAGGAAAAGAAGAAAAUUAAAGAAAAAAGAAGAAAAAUUCAGGAGGACAAUAAGAAGAAGAAAGAAGUGAAGAAGCAAGAGAAUAAAGAAAAGUCUUUGAAAGGAAUGAAAAAGAGAACAGAAAAUGAUAUUCUAAUGCAAAAAAUGGCAAAGGAAGUUUACGAAGAAAGUAAGGGAGAUGAGGAUGACGAUGCUCAAUAUUACAGAGAAGAAGUGGGAGAAGAACCAGACAAAGAUUUAUUCGAAAAAAAUCUCAAUGGCAAACGGGCGAAAUCAUUCAAACCUAAGUACAAGCCAAAGAAGCCAAAAGUUGACAAGCACUAAUAGAGGAUUAACCACAUUGAGUGUAACACAGAAAUAAGAAAAUACAAAACAAAUUUAUUUUAUACUGAUUUAAUACAUUACAAUCAGUAGUAAUUGAUAUAAUGAAGCACCUGUAAUUGGCGCAGUCAUGUUAACAUGACAAGUACGAAUAAAUCUUGUUUGUAAAUAUCUUA